UCGGAUAUAAAUUGAUUCACACGCUUCUCAAAAACACUUCAAAAAUUUUGCUUGCCUCUUAAAUAUAUAUUUUUUUAAAGCAUCAAAUGAAGAACGACAACUCGGAAUUAUCGUUUUGUCCUAGCUUUAACUGCUACUCCUCCGAUAAGAAUCUCGUUGGUAUCGCUGCUUCAGUAUGCCGCGAAAACGACGGCGUUUUGGAUGAUGAAGAAUUCGAGUUCUUUAAUAAUCUCUGUGAGAGUAGUGAAACGCCGUCGUUUCCUAUCUUCAAUCACGAUCUGUUGUUGAAAGGCGAGGAGGAGGGUGGUGAAGAUGACGAUGAUGGGGUGGAAGAGGCUAUUCGGAUUCCGUUGAGGAAUCUGUUCAUCGGUGAUAGAGAUCUUCCGUUGUCAUCUUCAUCGUCGGAGGCGGACGAGCUUGAAGGACUGCCAACUGGAACGUACUGUUUUUGGAAACCGAAACCAUCCCCGGAAUCGUCGCCGAACAUGUGCAAGAAGAGCAAGUCCACAGGAUCAUCAUCUUCAAAACGGUGGCGUUUAAUAAAGGAUUUGCUUAAGAGAAGCAACAGCGACGGCAAAGCCUCGUCUUCAUCGUUUUUGUUUUCGAAUUUUGAUCAUAAAAGUACAAUGGAGAAGAAGCAUGAAGAAAAGGCAAGUAAGAAAACAGCGACGGCGACGAAGAAUAAAAGUGAAGGUGUAGUAACGGCGACGAAGAUGAAGAGGGUUGAGAAAGCGUCGGCGCAUGAAGUUUUUUACAUGAGAAAUAAGGCGUUGAAGGAAGGAGAAAAACGGCGGUCGUAUUUGCCAUACAGGAAGGACUUGGUUGGAAUUUUUGCUAAUGUAAAUGGUUUAGGUAGAAAUUUGACUCUUUCUAAGUAAAAAAAAAAA